AGAUAGAUCCUACCUACGCCCAUUCCUGCUAUACACUACACACUUACGCUACAUGAGCCAUAAUCCCUCACAGCUGCCUGCAUAGCCACCCCGUCUUUGCUCCCAAUAGACGUCCGUCAUCCUGAGUCACUUCUCAGAGUCAUUCACAAGACAGCCGCCAGUCAUCAAUCACGCCUUCCUACCCGUGCGCCUUUAUACUACUUAUUCCAUUCAUACUACUUACAUACCUGAUCUUUGCACAUCAUCCCUCUAGCUCCGUCACUCCUAACCUACUCCUUGACCACCCAGCCACAUACGCAUACAUCCAUACUACUAGUGUACACACCUAGUCCCCCUUGCAGCCUACCGACACACCCUACUUGUCCUCCAUACCGUCAUACCAUUAUACCUACCACACUCCCUCCAAUACUACCCUCGGCCCUUCCAACCAUCACCGCGACCACUCGCACCCUCACCAUGUCGGCCUCGCAGACCUUCACCAUGUCGGCCUCGCAGACCUUCACCAGCGACCUUCGCAGCAGCGCCAGGGAGUUCAACCGCGACAAGAACAGCAGGGCCAAGUGGGCGCAUGGCCAGUCGUUUGGCCCUGGACGGCGCGAGGAAGACGGCAAGCCUCGCCCUGCGAAGCCCUUCCCUCAUGUCAAGUCCUCCUCUUUUAGCCCUAUGAAGGCCCGCUCUACCUUCCACAAGGACAUGGCAUCGGCCAGUGACGAGUCGUCGGCCGACGAAGACGUUGACCACCCGUCGGUUGCCCCAGCCCCAGAUGCUGACAUUGCAUACUCAUACGAUGCCGCCCGCGGUCCCAGCCACGGCAGCCAGAUCCUCAACUAUGCUCUCGACAAGGCUGUCGAGCGCUUCGAGACAAAGGAGACGGAGAAGCUGGUCAAGAACGAGUACGAGGUUCUGGACAUUGAUGACGACACGCCACGAACCAAGCGACGCGUAGCUCCCGAGGAUGAGGAGUACGAGUUCGUUGACGCCUAACUGUCUGGGCCAAGUCUCGUGACUCUCCAGUCUUCCUCGUCUGCUCUCCUUCCUUCUCACUUCUUACAUAUGACUUUAUCGGCGUUUCCUGACACGUGGUCUUGACUUGAUUGUCGACUUUUGGUAUGGCUUUUUAAUUUAUGGCAGCAUCAAUAGGCGAGCGUCUGGCGCUUCUCUGAGGACUUGAGCAGCCCUAUACCCAUCCCGGCUUGCUUUUUUUGGGGUGUUUGUGACUUUGGCUAUCGGCAUCGUGUUGCGGCUGACAGCUUUCCCGUCUGUGGUUUUGCAGAGUAUGUAUGUAUGGGGGGAUUGAUUCUGUAUGUAGCACACUUAGUCCACAAUCACAUCAUUAGUGAGCGGUAUGAAUUCAUGCCGUUCCGACCGAGCUGGCUUU